GAUCAAACCCAAAAUCAUUUUUUUAUUAAUUAAUAAAAUAAAAAUAAAAAUGAAGAUGUAUUUAACCGCUUAAAGGCACGACGCUCUCGCAAGCACACUUCUCUGUCACUCCAUAGUCCAUUUCCAGACUUCUCUUUUCUCGGAACAACGAAUAUUCUCUAUUUUUUCAUUUCUUUUUUUUAUUUUAUUUAAAUUCUUCUUUCUUUUCACUCCUUCUUCUUCGUGCGUCUUUAAAAAGCGUAACAACAAGAAUUGCGUAGAACUAGUCAGUUACAGUCACAACAAAAAAAAAUGGCUGGAAAUGAUUGGUUAAAUAGUUACCUUGAAGCUAUUCUUGACGUUGGUCCUGGUCUCGAUGAUGCUAAGUCUUCUCUUCUUCUCAGAGAACGUGGUAGGUUCAGUCCUACUCGUUACUUUGUUGAAGAAGUUAUUGGUUUUGAUGAAACCGAUCUCUAUCGUUCAUGGGUUCGGGCUUCUUCCUCACGAAGUCCUCAAGAGAGAAACACUAGAUUGGAAAAUAUGUGUUGGAGAAUUUGGAACCUCGCUCGUCAGAAGAAGCAGCUUGAGAGUGAAGCGGUGCAGAGAGUGACGAAAAGGAGGCUGGAACGUGAAAGAGGGAGAAGAGAAGCUACUGCUGAUAUGUCUGAGGAUUUAUCUGAAGGUGAAAGAGGAGAUCCGGUGAGUGAUGUUUCUGCUCACGGUGGUGAUUCUGUUAAAUCUAGAUUGCCCAGAAUUAGUUCUGCUGAUGCUAUGGAAACUUGGGCUAAUAGUCAUAAAGGCAAGAAGCUCUACAUUGUUCUUAUAAGCAUUCACGGCCUCAUACGUGGAGAGAAUAUGGAGCUGGGGCGUGAUUCUGAUACGGGUGGUCAGGUUAAGUAUGUUGUGGAGCUUGCACGGGCCCUGGGAUCAAUGCCGGGAGUUUAUCGGGUUGAUUUACUGACUAGGCAAGUCUCGUCGCCGGAUGUAGAUUACAGUUAUGGGGAACCAACAGAAAUGUUGUCUCCUAGAAACACGGAUGAAUUCGGAGAUGACAUGGGAGAGAGCAGCGGCGCUUACAUCAUUCGUAUUCCCUUUGGUCCGAGAAAUAAAUAUAUUCCAAAAGAAGAACUCUGGCCUUACAUUCCGGAAUUUGUUGAUGGAGCGAUUGGCCACAUUAUACAGAUGUCUAAGGCUCUUGGGGAGCAAAUUGGCAGUGGGCAUGCUGUCUGGCCGGUUGCCAUUCACGGGCAUUAUGCAGAUGCAGGUGACUCUGCAGCUCUUCUCUCCGGUGCAUUAAAUGUACCAAUGCUUUUUACUGGCCACUCACUUGGUCGAGAUAAGUUGGAACAACUUUUAAAGCAAGGCCGAUUAUCAAGGGAUGAAAUAAACACAACUUACAAGAUCGUGCGUAGGAUAGAAGCUGAAGAAUUAGCCCUUGAUGGUUCUGAAAUAGUUAUAACAAGCACUAGACAGGAAAUAGAAGAGCAGUGGCGCUUGUAUGACGGUUUUGAUCCAGUAUUGGAGCGUAAAAUACGAGCAAGGAUCAGGCGUAAUGUGAGCUGUUAUGGUAGAUACAUGCCUCGUGUGGCGGUAAUUCCACCGGGUAUGGAAUUCCAUGAUAUUGUUCCACUAGAUGGUGAUAUAGAAACUGAACCAGAAGGGCUUUUAGAUCAUCCUGCCCCCCAAGAUCCACCUAUUUGGUCUGAGAUAAUGCGGUUCUUUACCAACCCUCGCAAGCCUGUGAUACUCGCUCUUGCCAGACCGGAUCCUAAAAAGAAUAUCACAACUUUGGUGAAAGCUUUUGGAGAAUGCCGUCCUCUUAGAGAACUUGCUAACCUCACAUUAAUUAUGGGUAACCGAGAUGGAAUUGAUGAAAUGUCAAGCACAAGUUCUUCUGUUCUUCUCUCAGUACUCAAGCUGAUUGAUAAGUAUGAUCUGUACGGGCAAGUGGCAUAUCCUAAACACCACAAACAAUCUGAUGUUCCUGAAAUAUAUCGUCUAGCAGCAAAGACAAAGGGUGUCUUCGUUAAUCCUGCUUUCAUUGAGCCGUUUGGUCUUACCUUAAUUGAGGCAGCUGCUUAUGGUUUGCCAAUGGUUGCUACUAAAAAUGGAGGUCCUGUUGAUAUUCAUCGGGUACUUGACAAUGGUCUGCUUGUAGACCCCCAUGAUCAGAAGUCUAUUGCAGAUGCUCUUUUGAAGCUUGUAAGCAACAAGCAACUGUGGGCAAAAUGUAGACAGAAUGGGUUGAAGAAUAUUCAUUUAUUUUCAUGGCCUGAGCAUUGUAAGACUUACCUGUCUAAAAUAGCCACUUGCAAGCCAAGGCAUCCUCAAUGGCAACGAAGUGAGGAUGGAGGCGAAAGUUCAGAAUCAGAAGAAUCACCUGGUGAUUCAUUGAGAGAUAUACAUGACUUAUCUCUGAACCUGAAGUUUUCAUUGGAUGGAGAGAAGAAUGGGGAUGGUGGAAAUGAUAAUUCUUUCGAUCCCAAUGGAAAUCCCGAUGGAAAUGCAACCGAUAGAAGUGCAAAAUUAGAAAAUGCUGUUUUGUCAUGGUCAAAGGGCAUUUCCAAGGACUUACGCAGGGGUGGGUCUGCUGAAAAAUCAGGUCAAAAUUCAAAUGUUGGUAAAUUUCCGCCAUUGAGGAGUAGAAAUCGACUAUUUGUUAUUGCGGUGGAUUGUGAUACCACUUCAGGUCUUCUUGAAAUGAUUAAAGUAAUCUUUGACGCUGCUGGAGAGGAGAGGACUGAAGGGUCUGUAGGGUUCAUAUUGUCAACCUCAAUGACAAUAUCUGAGAUACAGUCAUUUCUGAGCUCAAGUGGCUUGAGUCCCAAUGAUUUUGAUGCUUAUAUUUGCAACAGUGGCAGUGAUCUCUACUAUCCAUCCCUCAAUCCUGAAGAUCGCCUGUUUGUGGGUGACUUGUAUUUCCACUCUCACAUUGAAUACCGUUGGGGUGGAGAAGGGCUGAGAAAGACUUUAGUACGCUGGGCAGGCUCGACAACUGAUAAGAAGGGUCAGAGCAACGAGCAAAUUGUGAGUCCUGCUGAACAGCUUUCUACCGACUACUGUUAUGCUUUCAAAGUGCGAAAGGCAGGAUUGGCUCCCCCUCUGAAGGAGCUUCGUAAGUUAAUGAGGAUCCAAGCUCUUCGUUGCCAUCCUAUAUAUUGUCAGAAUGGAACAAGACUAAAUGUAAUUCCAGUACUGGCAUCUCGUUCCCAGGCCCUCAGAUACCUAUAUGUUCGAUGGGGUUUUGAACUGUCAAAGAUGGUGGUGUUUGUUGGAGAAUGUGGUGACACCGAUUACGAAGGACUGGUUGGCGGCCUACACAAAAGUGUUAUAUUGAAGGGAGUUGGAAGCAGGGCAAUCAGUCAACUCCAUAAUAACAGAAACUAUCCUCUCUCAGAUGUCAUGCCAUUGGACAGCCCUAACAUCAUUGAGGCAGCUGAGGGAAGUAGCAGUGCUGACAUCCAGGCUUUGUUGGAAAAAGAAGGAUAUCUCAAGGGAUGAAAGUUGUCUUGUGUUCAGUUAUGCCUCUGCCUGUCUUCUGUGAAGCACCGAAACCUGCUUUUGAGUGAACUGAUAAUCUUGACAUUUAUCAACAUUGUUCAUAAAGCUAUCUUCCUCCCCCUCUGGUUACUUCUAUAUAAUAAUUAUUCUCUUCAUCACAACCUUUGCCCCUUGAAGCAUAUAUCCUCUUAUCUGCCUGGUUUUAUAUCUACAUACUACAGUUUUAAUAAAAGGCCAAUUCUCAUUUAAUUUAUGUCUGCAUGCCUUGUUUCUUUUUGACGAUAUUAUUUUCGGCCUUUACCCUAUUCCUAAUGAUCAUUGGAAGCCAAACUUUCCUCUCGUACUCGACAUACUCUUCUUUUCCUUUUUUCCGUUUUCAGUUAUGCUAUGGUAGUAGUGUACACAAAUCAUCUAUGACUAUGAAUAAAGAUCAUGAUGAAAAUCAACAAUGAGAACAAAAGAUUCCAGAACCAAAGAGACUUGGUUCAUGUAAAUAAUGAUCAGAGUACUAUAGCUUUAUGAAUCAUAAAGAAACCAUAGUACUUGCACAAGGUAUUUUGAUAAGAGUGCUUGGACAAGGUAUUUUGCCUUGUUAUGCAUAUUUUUAUUUUCGUUUGAUAUCAGAAUCUAAUUUGACAUGAUUUUCACAUUCAUUGUUGCCAUUCUCAUUGGAAUACAAUUGUAUGUUCUCAGUUACUCGUUUUGAGUUUUCUGAUUUUUGAUUUGAUAGCACAACUAUAAGUUUGAAUGUUUGAUCUAUGAUUAAGAUUAUUUGUCUUACACUUUGUGCAUUGUGAGUAUGAGAAAAUUACAGUGUGCUUUUCAAAAUUACGGAGAAGCUUCAAUAAAAUUACUUGUCACAUUGAUUUUAUCAACCUAAUAGACACUUUAUUG